CGUUAGUGUGACUAUAUAUACACGAUAUACUAUCCUGCCAGUGCUACUACGUUAGCUAGCUAGUUAACGUCGUUAGCUGCUGUAACUGUAUCAUACAGUGUAUGACCUCGGUCCUUGAAAACUAGGUUAGCGUCCACUUAUCCAAGGACGGCUAGCCUGCACAAAACUUUAACACUUGAUGCUAACUAACGUUAGCUAGUUUUUGUAAUUUUUUAAAAUGUUACAUUCCCUGUUUUAAAGUUAGAUUUUAACUAUAAUAGGUCAGUAGAGACGAUAUGCAUAGGCAGUUAACGACAUCAUAAUCAUGUUGAUGUCAGCAACUUCUUAGACGUACAGUAGAUAACGUUUACUUAACGUUACACGGAUAAAUGGCAGUUAACUAAGAGGUCGCUAACGUUACAUUUACGUUAUGGCUGGUUACAAUACUUUCUCGGUGACAAUUUGUUAUUAUACUUGUUUUCUGUCACUAUUGUAUGGGGGUGUAUACUUUCACAUACCCUGUCCAACCAGCUGUGUUUUUAAAAGGCUGUAAAUGAUUGACGUUUAAUUUGUGCAAGACGGUACUAUAUAUGGGCGUGGUUUACUAAACAAACAGCCAAUGACAAUGGAUUAUGUGUAGUCAGUUGAGUGCGUUCAGUUGUGGGAUCAUUCUGCGUAUGAUGUCGGAUCUAAUCUGCUGGUGUAGAGACGAAGAAAGAGAGGAGUAGGAGAGAGGGGGAAAUUGGUACGUUUCUUGAGGAGGGACAUGGCCCAGGAGACCAACCAGAACCAAGGGCCGCUGCUCUGCACCACGGGCUGCGGUUUCUACAGCAACCCGCGAAACAAUGGCAUGUGUUCGAUGUGCUACAAGGACUUCCUCCAGAGACAAAACAACAAUGGACGAGUCAGUCCACCAGUGUCGUCCUCGGCGGCGGUUAGCAGCCUGGGGGAGUCCCUCCUAGCCCAGUGCUCAGAGAGCAGUACUGUAGACGUGCCGUCAGCCACGACCCACACAGCCAUCAGGAUGAACAGGUACAGUAGGGUUGUAUCUAGCCAGUCAUUCUUAACGGCAGCACCAGCUACUCAUUCAGAAGAGGAGAGUACAGCCACGUCUGAAGACCUGAAAACAGAAGAGAUACAGGAGCGAGCACCAUGUAGAGCAGCUGUAGAAAGUGAACAGCAGGAGCCCAGCACAGCAGGUAGCUCAGGGACUCGCCCUAAUAGACAGGACAGUCAGCCAAUGAGAAGCCAGGACAGGAAGUCAGUCAGAAGGCCUGCCCCAGAGGACAGCUCUCGCAAGAGGAAGCUAGAGGAGCCAGAUGGAGAGAAGGUGUCUGUAUCGGUAUCCGAGGACACGGACCAGGCCUCGGUAGACGGACAGGACAAACCCUCGGACUCGGACGAACCCAAAGCCGCCAAGAAGAAUCGCUGCUUCUCCUGCCGCAAGAAAGUCGGCCUCACGGGCUUCGACUGCCGAUGCGGCAACGUGUUCUGCAGCAUGCAUCGGUACUCAGAUGUUCACAACUGCACCUUCAACUACAAGGCCGACGCAGCGGAGAAGAUCAGGAAAGCGAACCCUGUCUGCGUCGGGGAGAAGAUACAGAAGAUCUGAAAACGGGUUUGCCGCGAAUCGAUGUCCACCCGGAAGCCUGCGGUUUAGAUGAACCGUUGACCACCUUUUUGUUUCUCCGUUUCCUCUUUUCAUUUGAAGUUGUUUAUGUGAGCAACGCUCCAUUCCCAUCGGACCCUUUAAAAUCAUGCAUGCCAGCUGCAAAAAAAAUGUCUUUGUAAAUGUAUUUUUACUUAACCUGUUUCCUUUUGUAGUUUUAAUUCUAUUAUCCCUUAAAUGUUGUGGCUUAUGAAAAACCUGAAGAUGUAAACAGUUACAAUAUUUUGAUUGAUUGAUUAAUUAGGCUUUAAUUACUUUGUUGGGUACUACUGGAAACGCUGUGCUUUUCUGGUGUUAAAAAAAAUAAUACAAAAAACAAGCAUGUUAAAAAGCCUGAAGGAUCUUUCCAUUCCUCCUUUUGGACUGGAUGUAGCCUGACGAAGAGGACGGAACAGGUUGUGUUUUACAUUAUCAGCGAGAGAGCAGAAACUAGGAUUGUGCUGUUGCUCCCAGACCUUUUUGUAUAAUUGAGUCAUUUUAAAGACUGUGAUCUGCUGUGUAAAGAGUUUAUGUUUAUCAUAUGAUUAUGAAUAGCCUGUAUGCAUGUUUCCGGUUGUGCGUUUGAGGAUUAUAAAGUUCAUUUAUGGGUGCACAGGAGUAUGACCUGAAUCUAUUGUUCUGUAUUUAUGUUAGUUUAUUCACUGUCUUAACUUUGAUCUGAAUAAAGCUUUAACACAUUUUUGAACAUUUGAAA